AGCGCCCUCUACAUCGAUUGUCAUGUUUGAGUAAAACAACCACAGAACAAGUCAGUCAGUUGUUUUCAUAUUUGCGACCACAACACAACAAAAUAUUAGCAAUGGCAGAAAGUAAAGACAUUGAUAUGAACGGAGACGAUUUACCCUUAACUAUGGGUCAACCCUUGAGCGACUUUCUGCUACAACUUGAAGAUUAUGUACCGACAGUACCUGAUGCAGUAACAGCCCACUAUUUGAACACAUCCGGUUUUGAAGCAAAGGAUCCUCGUCUUCUGCGUUUAAUCUCGAUCGCCGCGCAGAAAUUCAUCUCUGACAUUGCAAAUGAUGCCCUACAGCACUGCAAGAUGAGGUCAAGCAACUCCUCAACCAGUCACAACAAAAAUGCUAAAGGAAUCAAAGAUAGAAGACACUGUCUCACCAUGGAGGAUCUCACACCAGCUCUGGCUGAGUUUGGAAUAACAGUCAAAAAGCCACAAUAUUAUGUUUAAAACUUUCAACUCAUAUUCUACAUAUUUAUCCCUUAUUACAAAUAAAGAUCUUCAGAAACAUC